GUUUUGGCUGAAGAAAACGUCAAAGCGACUCGACAAGUCGUUAGAAGUGUUUCGUUAUUUCAUAUUUAUCAAAAGUUGUAUAAAAAAAGUGUUUAAGUGAAAUUUGAAUAAUUAACAUGAUAGCAUAACUAUCAAUCAUCUUUUCCUGAUAUUAAUGAACCAUUUAAAUGAUUAACUAUCGAAAUUAAUAAAUUAUUCAUUUGAGUUAAAUAGUAGUGAGAUUGAAAAAUUUUUUAAUGAUUUAUUUCCAUGCGUUCUUUUAACCCACAUAAUUCGCAAAGUAGUUCCGUCAAUUUAUUUUUAAAACAUGAGUGAAAACUUGUAUACGGAGAAGUGUAUUUGUAUCCUCAAUUUAUGAAUGUAGUACAUUCAUCAUUAGAUCCAGUGGCUGUUUUUCAAUAUUAAAAAAUUCAAAGUUAUUGUAAAAAAUGAUUCAUUCAUUGUACAGUUAAAAUUUAAUUAUUUUCACAAGUGCCUUUUUUAUUGUUAUUAAAGUAUAAAGAUUUAAAGUGCUUUCAUUGACCAUGAAAAAAUCGAAAGAUAGUGACAAGGAGAACUGGUGGUCUGAAGCGUACAGUAAUCAAUUGGAAAGUGUUUUUAUCUCCAAUAAUCAAAUAAUGUCAGCACCUAGAACAGAAAGUCAUGAUUCAAUAAACGAUGUAUUAGAAAAAUUGAAAUCCUGUACGUCAAAAAUUCAAGACAAUGGAGAAACAAUACGAAAUUUGUUGGCGAAACUUCACACACGCGUCACAUCAUCAGAUCGAAAUGUUCGUGAACAAACACUGGAAUUACUUUGGAAUAAAGAGUUCAAUACACUGGAGAUCUUUAUUCAAUUAUUGGAGACAUGUAAAGAUAAUACAAUUGGUGGAAGUAUCACUGAAAUAUUGCAUGAAUGUAUUUCUCCACGACAAUCAAAAAUUAAAUCAAAAGCAACGAAAGGAAAAUAUUCAACAAAAAAUGCUGGUCGCAUAAUAAUAGCACAAUUGAUAGAAUUUGGUGGUACUCAAGUAUUUUUAAAACUUUUAAUUAAUUCACAACGGAGUGACAGUACAAUGACAGAAAUAUUUGUUCAUGAAAUUCUGUGGAUUUUAAGUCAGAUUGCUCAAAAAGAUCCAAAAUUUUCAAUGAAAAUACGGAUUUCAAGUGCUACAAAGAUAUUUCAUUCUUUACUCAAACAACAUUAUAACGAUGCUCGAUUGCUAUUACCACUUCUUAUUAUCUUAAAAAAUCUUUCUAAAAACACAUUUGCUGUGCAAAUUCUCGUUAAAGAUGGAAUAGCAGCGACCUUGGAGAAAACUUUUGUGUGCAUCGGUUACUCACCUCGCUUGAAACUAAAAAUUCUGCUGGAAUGUUUUAAAUAUUUUACAAUGAGCAAACUUUUUUGUGCUAAGUUCGUCAAAGUUGGAAUGGUUUUCAUGAUGACGCGUAUUUUUGAUAGAUGGGACAAAUGGGAUGGUCCAAUAAGACAAAAAAUAGCCAGCAAUGCCCUCUGUACUCUCCAUCACCUGUGUUCAAUAAAAUCCGGUCGGAAAGCUAUUAAAGCAAAUAAUGGUCUACAAGUUCUCUAUCGAUUUUGCAUUAAUUGUCCGGAAUCUAAAGCAUACGACUUUCUUCUUUCACGAGUUUGUGGAAUAAUAAAUCAAUGUCUCGAAAAGAAAGAACUACCAGUACCUGAAAUGUCACCUGUUCGAUUUAAUCUUCCAAACAUCAAUGGGAAACGAGCCAAUAGUGUUGACAGUUGUAGUGAUGUUGAAAGUCAGGCUACCAGCAUCAAUUCAUCCGAAAAGAUUUCUAGUGAUACGGAGUCAGCAGAUGAUGAUGAUAAUGAUGGCGAUGAUAAUCAAAAUGGUGAUGGUAAUGAUGAUAGAAAACAUCCCAUUUUCAAAAAUAAAUUAAAUCACUAUAAUAUAAUCAAUAAUGUUGAUGAGGAUCAGUUUUUUACUAGUGUUAUUACGUCUCAACGAUCUAUCGAUAGUCUUCUUGGAUACCAUAUUUUGUUUAGAGAAUUUGGGGGUUUAAAGAAUCAGCUUGUAAACCAAAAUAAUAUAAAUCCAGAUCGGACGGUUGAUCCUUCAUUAGAAAGAGUAUUUAAACAAUCUGAGCUGCUUAAGCAUAUAAAAUCUGGUAAUUCUACUAAUUGGGCAUCAGAAAAUAUUCCUAAUUUAAACUCAAAUAUACUUUAUCCACGGAAGUUGCAAAUUUUAGAUAACAUCCCAUUAAAUGUAGAAGAUAGGUCAAUCUAUUGUAGCUGCGCUAAUAAAGUAAGGAGUGUAAUCCCCUUCGUAAAGGUCGGUUAUCCAGAUCUAAUCGGAGGCAAUUGCUCUGAAACACCUGAACCACUUAAUGACAAAGAUAGAAAAGUCUGUCGAACGAAACUAUUAAAUAGCGUCGAUCGUGGAUUACGAUCAAAUUCUAUGAAUGCGGAAGUAAUAUUCGAUCUAGAUUCAUUGACAACCUGUCAGACUGGAUCAAUUGAACGAUCCCAAGUCGAUCAGCUUCUUAGCAAUGUUGAUGAAGGUCAAACAGGUCGGCGAAAUAUGGAAAUGAAGAGUUUACAGUUUGAAUCAAGAUUUGAGAGUGGAAAUUUACGGAAAGUUAUUCAGAUAGGCUCAAGAGAAUAUGAUCUCAUUCUCACACCAGAUGUUAAUAGUGGCUCAAGACAUCAAUGGUUUUAUUUUCAAGUAUCUAAUAUGGAGGCAGGCAUUCCUUAUACAUUCAAUAUAAUAAAUUGCGAGAAAGCUAAUUCGCAAUUUAAUUUUGGUAUGAAACCAAUUUUAUUCAGCGUUCUUGAAUCUCAAUUAGGAAGACCGGGUUGGGUCAGAAUUGGUUCUGAUAUUUGCUAUUACAGAAAUUGUUAUCGAAGACCAUGCAAGAAUAAAAAUUAUUUAACAACUUCAUUCACUGUAACUUUUCCUCACUCUUACGAUAUUUGCUAUCUAGCUUAUCACUUUCCGUAUACAUACUCACAACUGAUGAGUCACAUCUGGAAGUGGUUAAAAAGGGUAGAAAAACAACAAAUUUAUUUUGAAGUUGAAACUCUAUGUGAUACUUUAAAUAGCAAUGAAUGCCCCUUAUUGACAAUAACUGCACCAGAGUCUAAAAUUAAUCCCAUGUCUAAACGGAAGAUAAUUUUUUUAACAUCGAGAAUUCAUCCAGGAGAGAGUAAUUCAUCGUGGGUAAUGCAUGGAACUUUAGAAACACUCUUAGGAAAUUCAAUUUAUGCUCAAAGUUUACGUGAUGAUUAUGUAUUCAAGAUUAUUCCAAUGCUAAAUAUUGAAGGUGUAAUAAAUGGUUGCAACCGAUAUGGCUUGACGAAUGAAGAUUUAAAUCGGCGAUGGAAUAAUCCUAAUCCAGUACUCCAUCCAGUGGUUUAUCAUACAAAAGGUCUCAUGGAAUAUUGUGGAAGAGUAUUACAACGUCCACCUUAUGUGUUUGUUGACUACCACGGUCAUUCUCGUCGGAAAAACGUAUUUCUCUUUGGUUGCUCAAGGUCAGGUUCUUGGAGUGCAGCAGACCGCGAGAAACCUGAUCAGCCAGCUCACUAUUUGGUAUUGCCAAGACUCAUGCAGAAAACAUCGCCUGCUUUUGCUUUGCCUCUGUGUUCGUUCAAGGUCGAAAGGAACAAGGAAUCCACGGCCAGGGUCGCCAUAUGGCGCCAGCUCGGCGUAGCCAGAAGUUACACAAUGGAAAGUAGCUUCUGCGGUUGUGAUCAAGGGCCACUAGCUGGCUUCCACUUAGAUACUGUACACCUUAAGAACGUAGGUCGGGAUUUUUGCCAGGCUUUAUCUUUUCUCAAGGACUUUGGUGAUAAUUGGAACUUUGACAAAUCAACUGAAGAGUCUUGUUGUCCAUACAACUGUAUUAAGAAGAUGUCAAAAAGUUCUAAGUGUAUCCAGGACAGGCAUGCUGUUCAACAUAUUGAAGGAAUAACGAGAAAUUCUAUGUUCGAGUGAUAUCUUUAUAGAACAAGAAGAAAAAUUUAGUGAAACAGAAAUAUCAUCAACUUAUGAUUCAGAUGAUUCUAGUGAUAAUGAUUAAAUGGAUCUCACAAUAGUAAUUAUUAUAAGCUUACUUGUAGAUAAUUAUUUAAUGCAAUAAAAAACGAAUCUUUCGGAGCUUUUAAAACGACUUAUUAGAAUACUAGUUAUUAUUAUUAUUAAUAGUUGCAGUAGUGAUAAUAAGAAUCACUUAUUUAUGAACAAGAUAAUUAUCGUCAUUUAUUACAUACAUAAUUAGUCAAUGUUACUUUGUAUUAUUUUAAAUGUAUUAAAUAAAUUAAUUUUACAGUA